AUGGCACAGCCUCGGGAGGUGCCAUUUCUCAUGCGACUUCUGGUCGCAUGGGUGACGUUUAACUACAGCAUCUUCCUGGACGCCGUCGCCCAGUCGGUUGGAGGUUUGCUGGAGGCGAACGUCUUCACGGAAGACGAGUCCUCGGCCUCUAGCUCACACGGCUCCAACCGAACAGCCGAGCGGAAGAGAAGGGCAGGGCUUCGCCAGAGGAGGUACCACCUGCUGUUAGAAGACGUGGAAGGCAUGGGGGAGGACGAAUUCAGAGACUUGUUCCGCAUUAACCGCGCCAUCCUCGAUUACAUUGUAGUCGGGAUGGCGAUCUACAUGCAGCCGUACGUGGACAGGUAUCUCAUCAGCCACGAGGUGGCAUGCCUGGUCGCUAUCAAAUACCUGGCCACUGGCAUGUCGUUCGUGGACUUGGCUUCCGUCUUCGGCCUCUCCAAGACCCUGUGCCACAUGCUUGUUGACGCUCUGCUCAUGCACUUCCCCUCCGUCUUAAAGCAGCAAUGGGUCCACUUCCCGACCCGUGACGACCUCGACGAGAUGGCGGAGGAGUUCCGCGCCAUCAAAGGAGUCCCUGCUGUAGUGGGGGCUAUAGACGGCACACACGUGCACAUGAAGGGGAUGGGGGGGUACAGGCAGGAGUACCACACGCGCAAGUCAUGCUACGCCGUCCAGCUGCAGCUCACAUGCGACGCGCGCAGAAAUCAUUUGGGACUAUUUGAUCGGAUACCCGGGCAGUGCACACGAUCAGAGGGUGUUCAUGAACAACGCGCCUAA